AUGCACCAUACUUAUUUCAGGAAAGGACGUCUUCGAUACUUUGCUGGAAAACUUUUGUGUCUCUGGAUGGCAGCUCCUUUUGUCCUUGGAGGAAUAGGAAUGACCAUUAUGAUGCAGCUGGGCCCGGAUAAACUCACUACGGAACGAUUGAGAAGGGAUAUGAAAGAAAUCUACGAUUUGGAUAUUGAUAAAACUGCAUACGUUGGAAGUUUCUACUUUUCUAUUGACGAAUAUGGUAAUAAAUGUUGGAACAUCAAAGCAGUGAGUAUCACCAUGAUAAUCUAUACGAUGAUGGGAUUUCCACUGUUUGCCAUAUUCUACUUUGGAAUCAAGAGUUAUAAAAUAAUCAGAGGAUUGGUAUCUCAAGGAGAGAGCGAAUAUUCUAGAAGACUGCAGACUCAACUUUACAAGGCAUUGGUUGCUCAAACUCUGAUCCCACUAUUCUUCCUAUUCAUACCUAUUGUCGUGUCUCUCGGAGCGCCAUUUUUUGGAUUGACCCUCGAAUUGACUGGCUUGAUAGUGGGAACAUUACCUACUUUGUACCCAGUUCUAGACCCAACGCCAAUCAUUUUUCUUGUCGAUGACUAUCGGAAUGCUUUUUUGAAUUUCUUCCGUCGAAUAUUCUCGAAAAACGAAGUGACUUCUGUGACCCAUUACGAGCCGAAUAUGGAUAGUAUCUCUCCUUGA